AUGCGGACGCAACGUCGGCUGUUUCCCUUGCAUUUCAGAUAUCUGCGGGAAAUAUUUCCGGAUUUGGAGAAAUUGGACGGAAGGGAUCUGCCUCGAAGAGCCCGUUUUGACGUUGAGAUUGAAAAGCCAGUAGCGCAAACUCUACCGGGAAUUUGCCCGCCGGGCUAUCGUGAUGUCGUAUUAAAUUUUAUUUCCCAAUAUUACAAGAUUUUCGAUCACGGCAAUCGUGGAGAUCUGCUUCCAGCUUACAAUGAUCAUGCAGUAUUAACUAUGUCAUCAAUACUGCCGAACAGAAAACGGGGAAUCCUGUUCCAAAAUUGCCGGAAUUUGAAGCUGGAUAGCUCAGACUCUCAACUGACGGAAAAGAUUUACAAAGGAAAAUUCGCGAUCAUCGCUGUUCUGGAAACCCUCAUGAAAGUGAACCACGAUUUAUCGACAAUGUUGAUCGAUGUAACGUUUGCCUCGGAAAAAAUAAUCGUGAUAGAAGUGACCGGAUUUCUGCGGGAUCAAGACAGCCUUUUGUGUCAUUUUUCGCGAACGUUUGUCCUGGUACCCGAAAAUAACGGUCACACAAUUACUAAUGAUUCAUUUUACGUUGGAGUGGCGAGGAACGCAGUGGAAAAUUUAGUUUUCAAAGGCCCGCAAGAAAUUGUGCCCCCAAGAAUUUUUGGGGAAGACAAAAUGAAGGAAAUGGCCGCCGCCUUUUCACAGCAAACGCGUCUGAAGCCUGAAUGGGCAUUGCGAUGCCUCGAAGAAAACGGAUGGAAUUUCGAUGUUGCUGGACAAGCCUUUUUGAAACUACGGCCUAGUAUUCCGGCAGAAGCGUUUAUAGAUGUACCUGUCUAGCUAAGGUUACAACCUAUUCGCAGCGAUGUUGGAUGUGGACAUCAUUGUCAGUUUGUUAUUCGUUAACGUACGAAAGAUUUUGUUCAUCGCGCGUUUGUUGCUCGCUUUUCUGUGUUUGUGUGCGGAUUGGGGAGAUUACGAGUGUUGUUUUUUUUACGGAUUAAUGGUCGGUUUUCUUUUUUAGAAUCUGUAAUGCGGACGAGUUGAUGGCUAGCGCGUCUCGCGUGUCAAGUUAUUGAGCUACUGCAUAACGAAAGAUCGUUUGUUGAUCGGGGUCUAUAGUUUUCGAUCAUUCGCCAAUCGAGGGGCUUUUUUCCUUUCAUUGUCGUGCUGUGAUUUUUUUUCUACGCAAGUUUGGGUAUUUCUAUCAACCGAAUUCGCCUCGGAAUGCCGAAUGCGGCUCCUUUUAUAAUUUCGGAAAGAGCUAUGUGAACAUGCGCAUAUAAAUCGCUUCUUGCGAGGUAA